UUCAUUCAAAACCUUAAAACCUAGUCAACAUUUUCUAAAUCCCUCGUUUUCUCAAGAAUUCUCAUGGAAACAUUCUUGAUACAUCCCAAAAUUGAAAAAACGGUUCCAAUCCUAAACAAAAUUAGGUUUAGGAAAAUGACCUAUAACAAGAAGAUCAAGACUAAGAAUAUCACAUGCAAUAGAACCAUGCAUAAAAAGAUGACCAAUUUUUAUGAAGUUCUCGCUCUUCGAUCCAAGAGUGUAGGGUUUGAUGAAAUCAAGAAAGCUUAUAGGAAUAUGGCCUUACAAUACCAUCCUGAUGUUUGUCCUCCGUCGGCAAAACAAGAAUCCACGAAACGUUUCGUUGAGGUUCGAGAGGCUUACGAGACAUUGUCUGAUCCUGUUUCGCGUCGAAGAUAUGAUUAUGAAUUGGGUUCCGUUAGUAAUUCGAUAGGAUUUGAUUUUGAAGUAAGAACUGAGGAAAGGAAAUAUAGUUUUCCGAAGGAAGUAUGGGAAAUGCAGCUUUAUGGACUAACUCAAGGAUCUCAUAUCCGUUUGCAGAGGAACAAAAGUAAAAACUACAUAUAAAAUUAAUAUUUAUUGAUC